ACUCCAGUCACAGAUGCUUCAGAGACUCGCGUCUCGCACCGGUCACCCUGAUGCUUCUGCCCGCGUGUCUGCGCCGCUGCGCGCGGCUGCUAUACUGGAUCCCUGUUACGAUCAUUAUCGUGGUUGUGAUGUGGUCAUACUACGCCUAUGUCGUGCACUUCUGUUGGAUCCUGCUUACCUGUGCUACUCAGAGAGUGGGAUUCCUUUGCCUGUUCCACGUGUGUUUUGGGAUGUUCUCGUGGUCAUUUUGGAAAGCAGUGUCUACUCCACCAUCCUCUCCUUCUGUGGAGUUUCAGCUCUCCUCUUCAGACUCGCUGCUCUUCGAGCAGGAACGUGGCGGUAUGGAGAAGAGUCAGAUUCUUCUGGAAAUCUCCCAGAAGCUUCCAGUUCACACACGUAAAGCAACCGGAGCUAUCAGGUUCUGUCAUCACUGCCAAUUGAUAAAACCAGAUCGCUGCCAUCACUGUUCUGUCUGCCAAAUGUGUGUACUGAAGAUGGAUCAUCAUUGCCCCUGGCUGAAUAACUGUAUUGGGUUCUCCAACUAUAAGUUCUUCAUGCUCUUCCUCCUCUACUCACUCCUGUACUGCCUCCUCAUCGUUGCAACGGUUACACCGACCUUCAUCCAACUGUGGCUGGGCAAACUGUUUGAUAGCUGUGUUAAACUGCAUGUCUUGUUCUUGACACUGGUGUCGGCCAUGUUUGCUGUUACCCUCUGUUUUUUGCUCUUCUUCCACAUCUGGCUGCUCGCCAGCAACAAAACUACUCUUGAGUGGUUGUCAGUCCCCUUUUUUGCGGAUGGACCAGGAAGUGAAGCAUUUGAUGUGGGUGUCAGGGCAAACUUCUUACAGGUGUUUGGAAAGAAAAAGAGACACUGGCCAUUUCCAGUGUUUAGCAGUCAAGGGGAUGGACAUUCAUUCCCCUUGAGAUGGCAGAUGUCGUCUCGCAGUCCUUCAGUGAUAAAUGGAAAUGGGCAUUGUGUCAUGGAAGGAACUGUGGAAUUUUGGGAAAAGGAGGUUCAGACUCCAAGUAUAUACUGCCCCCGGGAGGCCAAUCCAGGGCUGCACAGCCUAAUCGAAAAUUCUGAUUUGAGCCAUUUGUAUCAUCCUGUUCUGCCAUCAGUCUCACCUGAGGAGGUCUCCGUUACCAUAGCAGUGGAUGACUAGAAGUAAUGAAAUAAGGUUAACGGAAUGUGUUGUGUGACAUUGUCACAGUGAGGUGAUUUUAGAAAGAUCUCAGUCACAGGUUAAGCUUACAAGAGUGGCGGCCGGCCCUCAGGGAGAACACCUGCCCGCAUGCUCAGUUUUCACCUGGAACACUUCCUAAGGGAGCGAUCAGGUCUCCGAAACCUCUUUUAGUGAUCAGGGUGUGAGAGAGCUUUAUCAGGUGUCCCUGCUCAGCGAUAAUCUUUUAAAUUUAAUAUUUUUGUGCUGAAAUGUAGUGGUUUUUUCU